UUUGGUUUCUCGAGACUCUCUCCAUCACAUCAUAUCCCGCGACUCUCGACAGUAGGACAACAAUGUCCAACGUCACCUUUGACAACAUCUUUAUGGGCGAGUCCUCGGACUUGGGCAAGCUCCGAUUCAACUCCGCAGGCUUUGGAUGGAAGUCUUUCAAGGACGAGUCGAACACACCCUCUACGUUCAAUGGCUCUGACGUGCGCGGCGCGCAGUGGCUCCGUGUCGCUCGCCAGUUUCAGCUCCGCCUCUCCAUGCGCACGCCGGACCGGCCACGCCUUACGUUUGAGGGCUUCCGCCGCGAUGACUUUGAGAAGGUUAAGCGUACGCUGAGCGAAUACUUUGGAGUGACAGUCGACCAUAGAGACGUUUCCUUGAAGGGCUGGAACUGGGGCAAGGCUACCGUACAGAACCAGGACAUUGUGUUCGAGGUGCAGCACAAGCCCGCCUUCGAGCUUCCUCUCGGCCAGGUCGCCAACUCUAACAUUGCAGGCAAGAAUGAGGUCGCUAUCGAGUUUGCGCCGCCUGCUGCUUCCGGCUCCAACAACAACGCCCGUCAGCCGGACGAGCUGGUUGAGGUGCGCUUCUACGUUCCGGGCAAGAGCAAGAAGAGCAAGGGCAGCGAUGCGGGCAGCGACGACGAGGAGGAGACUGAGAAGGACGAGGAAGGGAACGACAUCUCUGCCGCCGAGGCCUUUCACAACCUUAUCAAGGACAAGGCAGACCUCGGUGCUACCACCGGUGACUCAAUCGUUGUCUUCGAGGACGUCCUCGUUCUUACCCCCCGUGGACGUUUCUCUCUGGAGUUUUUCCCGGAAAGUCUUCGUCUUCUCGGCAAGAGUACCGACUACCGCGUCCCCUUUACUUCCAUCAACCGCAUCUUCCUCCUCCCCAAGCUCGACGACAUGCACAUCCAGCUCGUGCUGGGUCUUGACCCCGCCAUCCGCCAGGGUGCUACUCGCUACCCCUUCCUCGUCGCCCAGUGGCCCAAGGACGAGGAGGUUGACGCCGAGCUCAACCUUGAUGACGAGGAGAUCGCCAAGUACCCCGACCUGCAAAAGAAGUACGAGGCUCCCACAUUCCAGGUCAUCUCGCGUGUUCUCAAGUCGUUGACCGGAAAGAAGGUGACGCCUCCCGGCAGCUUCAGGAAUGCGCAGGGUGUCAACGGCAUCAAGGCCAACGUCAAGGCUGUUCAGGGCGAGCUGUACUUCCUCGAGCGUGGCCUCAUCUUCAUUGCUAAGCAGCCCAUCCUCAUUGACUUUACCAAGACUGAGAGCAUCUCGUUCUCUCGUGUCGGUGGCGGUAUCGCUUCGGCGCGUACCUUCGACAUGCGCGUGUUGGCCAACGAGGGCCCUGACCAUGUCUUCUCCGCCAUCUCGAAGGAGGAGGCUGGUCCCAUUUCGCAGUUCCUCGCGAGCAAGAACGUGCGCCUGAAGAACGAGAUGGACGAGCUGGAGGCAGCCGACGCUAUGGACAUUGACGACCUUUCCGACGACGACGACGAUGAUGUCAGCAUCAUGUCCGAGGACGAGGGUCGCAAGAAGAAGAAGAAGCAGCAGCAGCAGGCGCAGCCGGCUCGCCGCGCCGCCGACGAUGAGGAUGAGUCCGAGGACGAGGACUUCAUGGACGAGGAUUCGUCCGACGGCGGCUCUGUGAGCGACAGCGACUCAGAAGCAAGCGGAAUGGAGUCGGACGCCUCCGACCCCAUGAUGGAGGAGCUGCGCAAGAAGUCCGAGGCUCGGGCGAAGAAGAAGGCGAGCGGGGAGGCUGACGGCGCGCCCAAAAAGAAGAAGGCCAAGAAGGACUAGACGUAGAGGUCGGUCGCUGGGUUUCUGUAGAUACGUGCACGCUGGGCUCCAGGCCGGCUUGCCGUUGUAGCUUCUAUCAAUAUGGCUUACCAAUGCUGACAGGAGAAGGAGUGAUGCUUUCAUUGUCCCGAAAUACCAAGAAGAGCUACAAUACAAGUAUGAU